AUGAAGAUGCCAGCCUCUUACCUAAAGUGUUCUGUUGUUGGUGAUGCUCAGGUUGGCAAGACUUGCCUUACCAAAGUAUUUGUUGGAGAGAAGGGUGAAGACAAAUACACUCCCACCAUCUUUGAAAAUUACUCUGGGGAAACUGUGUACAGAGGGAAAAAAGCCAGACUCUCCAUUUAUGAUCUACCCGGUCAGCAUGAUUUUGAUCAAAUGCGAAAAUUUGCCCUCAAGGAUAGUAAUGUCAUCAUCAUUUGUUACAAUGUUCAGAAUAGAAAAUCAUUCGAAAAUGUUCAGUCUGUAUGGAUUCCAGAAGUUCGCCAGUUUCUGGGAAAGUCGAUGCCCAUUGUUCUUGUGGGAAUUCUUUUGAACAAGAAACAGGUCAAAAGUGUGUCAAGAAGAGAGGCUGUUAGAGUUACAUCCCAAAUGCAACUUCACGACUACUUUGAGAUAUAUUCUGGUGAUAAUGUGGAGGUCUCCUGUCUGUUUUCGUGUGUCGCAAAUAUUGCCAAGAAAACAAAGAAGAGAAACUCCUCUUUCCUCAGACGCAUUUUUGUUAAAUGA